AUGAUUAACAAAUAUGAUGUCAUUGUGGCUACUGAAACAUGGCUUAACGACAAUAUAAAUAAUUCUGAAAUAUUGAACUCUGAUUAUGUCGUGUAUCGUAGAGAUAGGUGUUCGGUUUCAGCUGGCAGAGAGGGCGGUGGAGUACUUGUCGCAGUUUCAAAGUCAAUCGAAUCUACAUGUAUAGAUGCAUGGCAAAGUAAUGUUGAGGAUAUCUGGAUACGCUUGAAAAUACGGAAUGGUAAUACCGCAAAGUAUCUAUUGAUAUGCGCGGUGUAUUUACCGCCACCUGUUACUUUGGCAACUUUAGAGCACUUUGUUGGUAACACUUCAAAGAUAUUGGACAAUGUAGAUGAUGAUGUUAUGAUUCUCGGAGAUUUUAACAUUGGAUUCAUUGAAUGGGAGAAAGUAAACAUGCAAUAUGGUUUAUCUCCAACCAAUUAUGGUAAUAGUAUGGGUUGCACCUUGGUCGAUUUUUUAUCUCAGUACAAUCUGUCUCAGAUUAAUUAUAUUAAAAAUUGUAACAAUAGAAUUUUAGAUUUAGUUUUAAGUAAUGUUCAGCAUUGUAUAAUUGACAGCCCUCUAAUACCUAUUUCCAUUGUGGAUCGGUAUCAUCCACCACUCGAAGUUCAGUUGGAUUUUAGAUUUACGAAACCUUUAAAAAAGAAACAAGAUAUUAGAUUUAAUUUUGCAAGAGCUGAUUAUGACUUUGUUAACGCUAAACUGGAAUUAAUUGAUUGGAGCUGUCUUCGCAAUUCCUCGGAUGUCGAUGCCUUGGUCAACACUUUUUAUAUGCACAUAAAUACAGUUAUAAAUGAAACAGUACCUGUAGUUAAACCUAGAUCGUUAAGGUAUCCCAUUUGGUUUUCUAGAUCCUUAAUAAAAAUUUUGAAAGAGAAAGAGAAACUUAGGAAACGUUUUAAGAUUUACAAAAAUGAAAGAGAUGAGAUUGAAAUAAGGUUACUCAAUAAGAGAGCACAAGUGUUGAUGCGAAAAUGUUAUGGUUUGUAUAUUCGAAAGAUGGAGGAUAACAUAGCAUCUAACCCUAAACAAUUUUGGUCAUUUGUACAUUCAAAGCGAAGCAAUGCAUCGUCUUUGCCUUCUGAAAUGAGAUUAGAUGACAUAUGUAUGUCUUCGGGUAAUGAUAUUUGUGAUCUUUUUGCGUCAUAUUUUUCAUCUGUUUUCUCAUCAUAUGAUUCUUCCACUCAUAUAAAUAAUUCCUUUAAUCCAACAAACAAUUCAGAAUCACUAUGUACGUUUCCUCAGAGCAUCCUAAGCACUCUUACAUUCACAGAAAGAGACGUUAUGAAUGUUAUUAGAAAAAUUAAUAGCAACAAGGGCUGUGGUCCGGAUGGUAUUCCUCCACUUUUCAUUAAAAAAUGUGCCUUGAAUCUGGUGAAGCCUCUUGCUGUUAUAUUUAAUAUCUCAAUUAAAACAGGAGUACCCCAAGGAUCACAUUUGGGUCCGAUUUUGUUCCUGGUAUUUGUAAAUGACAUCGUCGAGGUUAUAAAAUAUAGUAAAUUCUCCCUUUUCGCCGAUGAUCUUAAAUUAUAUAAGUCCAUAUCAGUGUCAGAGGACUCUGAUCUUUUACAACAAGACCUUCAAUCGGUACAAGAGUGGUGUGAUGCUAAUAGGAUGGUUGUAGAGGAUGAGGGUGAAGUCCCCGACGAUAGCGAGCCGUACAGUGGUAAAAAGUGGCCGUGGGUAAUCAUAUUGAACAAAUCCUCUGAGCACUAUCCGUUGUACAAGCGGUAG